CAUACAUUCAGAUGAGACUUGUCCUCAGCGAGUCAACAACUCGGGACAACACGCCCAAUAUUUCAUCUCUUUAAUUUCCGGCAUCGAAUGCCCACUGGAAAUAUGUCGUGGGAUUCUAAGUCGGCGUUACAUCGCCGACAGAGCAGCAAUGCUGGCGCCACCAAAACGCUACCUAUUCACACUCGCGAACAGUCGGAAGCAACAAUCCAGCCCAAAUCAAGCCAUGUAGCAGACGAUUUCCUACAGAGCUUCCUGGAUCCUUCUUUUGACCCAGCAGCAUAUCUGAAUGCUACUCUGCCACUGCUUCAACAUGGUGGCUACCACUCAUCACGAAGCAAUGGCAAUGGUCAGGCCGUCCCGCUGGCCGACUUGUCCAAUGAGGCGCAAACGCUGCUGUCCCAGCUCAACAUCCAUACGACGAGGCUUUCCGGAACGUUGACCCAGUUGACGGACGACAUCCUUCGGAGCGGCAGCCGGCUCGCCUACGAAGUCGAGCUCCUCCGAGGUGAGACCUUGAGUCUUGCUGAGACGAUGAAUGAGACGCUGCAGGAGGACAUCAAGAAGUUCGCGCCGAGUGGCGUGGACCAGGAGGCCAAGGGAACGGUUCCCAAGGCCGCGGACGGGCAAGAUAGGAGAGAGUCCGUGGGCGCCAGCAAACCUGGCGACGACGAAGCUACAGCCACGGAGGGCAAGGCGGAAACCUCAGAACCACCCUACAUCCACCAGCUGCGGACGCUGACGGUGGUCCGCUCCCGCCUCGACACCGUCAUCAAGACCUUUGGAGACGCCAUGGAAUUUGUCUUCCCGCCGUCAGAGCUCUCGGUCAGCUCGUCCUUCCUCUCGGUAUCGGCGCCCGACCCGGGAGCGGAGCAGCACAGCACGGAGGAGAAGGGCCAGCAGGUGCUGCAGGGUCUGCGGGACGAGAUCUCGCAGCUGCUGACCAAGUCGGAGGAUCCCGUCAAGGGCAUCGAGAAGGCGGCGCAGCGGAUCGAGGAGCUCAAGGAGCUCAACAAAGUCUGGAAGGGCACGGCGGAGGAGAAGGGCAGGACAAAGUUCAUUGAGAGCCUGGCCAAGAUGGUGGAGGACCGGCAUCGGGAUCUCAUGAGGGAGGUUGAUCAGGCGAGCAGGAGGGAUGGGAAUGAGGGGCGGGCGCGGAAGGGGAGUGUUCAUGCUGAUGCCGCGGAGACCAAGACGUAUCUUGGGGGUUACGGCUUGAUGAGCCAGCUUCAGAAGCUCAGGAACGGGCUGUAAAUAUAUGAUUGACGAGGUCGGGCAUCUUAUGGAGCCUUGCAUGCAAGUGGUAAAGCACUGGAUCUUGAGCUUCUAGGGGGUAGUGAGAGCUCAUAACACAAC